AUGAAUGAGAAAAAUAAGACCAUAAUUACAGUGAUCCACCUCCUAGGGUUUCAGACCCCACAAGCUCUAACAUUUUUUUUAUUCUUUUUAUUUCUUCUGAUAUAUUAUGUGACAAUAUGUGGCAACCUCCUGAUCAUCACAUUGGUGUUUUACAGCAAAUCCCUCCAUUCCCCCAUGUACAUCUUUCUCUCUCAACUUUCUUUAACAGAUAUUCUCUUAGCAACUGAUGUUCUUCCUAAUAUGCUUCAUUCUAUGUUGGAGAAAAACAAUGCCAUCAUUUCAAUUUCUAAUUGCAUCUCCCAGUUUUAUUUCUUUGCUGUCUCAGAAACCUCAGAGUGUCUUCUGCUGACGGUGAUGUCUUACGACAGAUAUGUGGCCAUCUGUAAACCAUUACAUUAUACUUUGAUAAUGAGUCAUUGGUUUUGCUGUGUAACAGUUAUAAUAAGUUGGAUUUUAGGUUUUCUUGUUGGAUUGAUUUAUACUAUAGAGAUAUCAAACUUACAGUUUUGUAGUCCUAAUAUUAUUGAUCAUUUUUUCUGUGAUCUUGACCCAAUUCUUAAACUCUCCUGCUUUGAUACAACCAUUGUUCAGCUACAAUCAACGUUAACAAGUGUAGUUUUUGCUUGCACUCCAGUUAUUAUCAUCAUUGUGUCAUAUGUUUAUAUUAUAGUCACCAUUUUUAAAAUUCCCUCUAUUACAGGAAGACAGAAAGUUUUCUCAACAUGCAGCUCCCACCUGAUUGUUGUUUCCAUGUUUUAUGGUACCUUACUUUUUGUGUAUUUGGUACCUAGAAGAGGACAGUUAUUGAAAAUUACCAAAUUUAUGUCAUUGUUGUACACUGUGGUCACCCCGUUGAUAAAUCCAAUUAUAUACAGCCUGAGGAAUAAGGAUUUGAAAGAAGUUGUAGGUAGAAUAACCAAUAACCUUUUGAAGUUGCAUUCCUAUUAUUUUUAA